CCUUGCUAUGGCACUCCUCGAGGCCGUCUCCCUGGAACACGUGCCAGCCUCGCACAGCGUUCACGUCGCCCUCUUCAGGAACGUAUCCAACGCGGGGUUCCUGCAGUCGCAGCUCCUCGCCCGCAAUCCCGACUUCGAGUACGCCUUCAUCGACGCCACGACCAUCGUCUCCCGCUUCCAUGUCCUGUCCGCAACGUACAAGGCUCUCUCCGUCCUUCUCGACGGGAAGCUACGGUCUCCCAAUGUUCAUGCAGAGACGGUCAUCGCGCUGAGUGUCAGCAACAACAUCUCAGAAGCCUAUCGUCGCUACGGCAUCUCACCCGAAGUUCAAGAUAUGAUCGUUGUCAAGGUUCUCUUUCCUACCGACGAGCGACCUCACCCGCCCACCGCCGAACAGGUCUGGCAGCACCUUUCCGAGUCCGUGCAAGGAACAGCAGUCCCCUUCACCGACGAGGAAAUCUCCAAGACGACGGACUGGCUCAAGGUCAACAAAUACUACAAGCUCAACGGUGCGCCGUCUCUGAACGCUAUCAAGGAUCAAACCCGCAAGCUCAAAGAGUCCGAGAUGCUCAUCGUCAGCGCUAUGGCCUUGCGCGGAGUCUGAACAGCCCCAAGUCUUGGAUUCACACAUUCCCAGUUCCUCCAACCGCCAAUGUCUCAUCCCUCGCCGGGAAUUAUCGAAUCAGGGAUUCUCCUAUCAAUACCGUGAUUUGAUCUCGUCGAGCAGAGCAUACUACACGGUGUUAACGCGGAGAAUGCAGCUACCUGACGAUCUUCCCAACAGAGCACUUCUGUGCUUCAUCAGAUGUGUGUCAGUCGGCUCUGCGCAAAUAGCGACAAGAACGCGUCGGAUCGCUUGCUUAGGCCUAGGCAUUGCUGCGGCCUUUUGCGAUCCAUGCCAUCGCGUCUCCCGCCCAUGGCUCCGCAAUUGAUACCAAUACCAUUGUUCUUGCGCUGCUGGAUGAAGAAAUCUGGAAUAGCAGAUGCUCAUUGAAGGUGGAGGCUCUGUAGGCCAAAGUAUGCCACGGGGACGCUCCGCGAGCAAAGUGACGGCUCAGCUCGCUUCUCAGUCCUUGGACGGGGCAUCCCCCGAGCCAUCCGGCGUUCAUGUGUAUGGCAAAGUUCAAAGGGCCUGGGCGACCGCAUGAUUUAGUCAAGCAAAGUGGCGGAGUAGUAUUGUCGUGGCUGGCAUCAUCCAUACUCGUUGCAGACCCUCAUGAACGGUCUCCUCACGGAGGACAGAAGCGGCAUAAGCCAACGAAGUCCAAGAUACAAUUACAGUCAUGUGUAUAAAGAGAAAUGUCAUACAUAAAUUCU